CCCCCUUCUUCCCCCAACCAUUUCACCAUUCUUUUUCCACACCCAUUUAUUAGAUUCCUUCAAUGCUCCUUUCUUCUCCAUUGGAAUUCGCCGAUUCUUAACCCAAAAACCCAUUUCAAUUUCUUCAUUUCUUCUUCAUUUUUUGCACUUUUGGGCAUACAAAUCUUCUGGGUUUUUCUGUUUUUGCUUCCUUUCUCCGAAUUUCCCCUUCUGGGUUUGUUGUACAGAUGCCUGUUUUUGUAAUCCACGACUGUUUUCUUACAGUUUUUUAACAAAACAAUCAUGUUUCAUAUUUUUCUUCUUUUUUUUGUUGGGUGUGUAUGAAUAAGUUAUUUAAGUCAAAGUUUCUUCCAAUUUUCUUUCACUCUUGAACCAUAUAUUUAAAUAAAUAGGGAAAAACAGAGUGAUAUGGGGAAGAAUGGACCUUGCUGUCACUGUGGAGUUAUAAGCACUCCUCUUUGGCGUAAUGGACCUCCCGACAAACCGGUGUUAUGCAAUGCGUGUGGAUCCCGAUGGAGGACAAAAGGAACACUCACAAACUAUACCCCGUUGCAUGCUCGGACUGUUCCUGAUGAAUAUGAAGAUCACAGGGCUUCCAGGGUGAAGAGCAUUUCAAUAAAUAAAAACAAAGAAGUAAAACUGCUGAAACGAAAGCUACAACAAGCCGAUGGAUCGAUUGGGUGGACGCUUCCCGAUCAAGGUCAGGAUUACCAUAGAGUAGUGGAUGAAGACACAAGCAAUAGGUCGAGUUCUGGAUCGGCCAUAUCUAAUCCUGAGAGUUGUGCCCAUUUCAGCAGUGCAGAUGCAAGUGAUUUGACAGGUCCAGCUCAGUCAGUAGUGUGGGAGACGACAGUGCCUUCGAGGAAGAGGACGUGUGUGACUCGUCCAAAGCAAUCCCCGGUCGAAAAACUGACUAAAGAUCUAUGUAGUAUUUUACGAGAGCAGAGAUCCUCCUAUUUCUCCGAAGCUUCCGAGGAUGAUCUGCUUUUCGAGAGCGAAAAACCUAUGGUCUCUGUUGAGAUAGGCCAUGGAAGCAUUCUCAUUAGGCAUCCAAGCUCGAUAGCUCGAGACGAGGAAUCUGAAGCUAGCUCAGUUUCAGUUGAUAACAAGCAAUACUUGAUAAAUGAUAUCUAUUCCCCUCAUUCUGCAACUGUUCUUGUAUGUAGUGAACAACAAGAACAAUUUAAAAGGGAUGAGUCUCGUCACGAAUGCUUACAAGUUCUUGGAAACCACGACUCGCCCUUAUGUGAUGUAGAUAUAAAUGACGUCGUAAACUUCGGAGAGUUUGCGAGACGGUUAACAAAUGAAGAACAACAGCAACUAAUGAAGUACCUACCACAGGUUGAUAUCGCUGAAUUUCCCCAGACUCUCAAGAGUAUGUUUGAUAGCCCCUAUUUCAAGGAGAAUUUAAUGUCCUUCCAACAACUGCUUAGCGAGGGCGUUUUCGAUGCCUCCUUCCUUGGAACGAAGAUCGAAGACUGCAAGACUCUGAGAAGGCUCGUAUUAUCUAAUUCAUCAAAAUCCAAAUGGGUCGAGCUCUAUCAACAACUGAAGAAAUGUGAAAAUGGUAGCAAAGAACCUUUUUUUUCCCGUGCCAACACGUCGGUGUCGAGUAACUACAUGAAUGUUGAUGAGAGCUACAAUCAAACUAUUCCAGAGGUAAUGACUAUCAUGAAGAGUCCCAAAAGAUUGGUGAUGAAGGAAAAUAAGGAUCCUGGAGAGAAUGAUGGGUCUUGCUUCAGUCCUAGAAGCUUAUUUGCCUUGCCAUCUGAUGGAAGCUACGACAUGUUCGACUGCUUGCAUUUUGUUGAAGAACGUUCGGAUCACGGUCUAUUGUUAGAGGUACGGUCGAAUAGUUCGUUCCCACAAGCCGAGCUCCUUCACCCGACCUCUCAUUCUGGUGGUAGGCAGGCCAGCACAUGUAGUAGUUCAGUUCACCCACAUCUUGUUCAUCACUAACAACUGUAUUUUCUGUUCAUAACAUGCGUGCUUAAUAACUAUGGCUCGGACUCGCAUGCUUGGCUAGUCGGUAAACGAGGUCGAAUAUCAGUUUUCUUUUCACUUCACCCCUUGGAUGAAGUUCGAAUGAUGGAAACAUCAAUUUGGGUGGAAAAUUUUGUAUAGGGUUAACACUAGAUUUGUAAGAUAUAUACUUGAAUUUUAUGUAUCGAAGAAUUGAUAGUUCCUAGAUCUUUGUAUGGUA